AUGCAAACUCUCGAAGAAGCUGAACUUUGUUUUCCACAGCUACUCAAUGCAUCCUGCAGGAAGACCGUGCGUCCUCGCUCAGUGUCCAUGCUCAUAUACGUUACUCUCUCCUCCACCUCUCUGCUCACUGUGACCCUCAAUAUGCUGGUUAUCAUCUCCAUCUCACACUUCAAGAAGCUCCACAGCCCCACCAACUUCCUCCUCCUCUCUCUGGCGGUCUCAGAUUGCAUGGUGGGCUUCCUCAUCUCCUUUCAGAUCAUGCUCAUCGACGGCUGCUGGUACCUCGGAGACCACAUGUGCGCCCUGUACAUUGUUCUGGACUACGCUAUUACCUCGGCCUCAAUAGGAACCAUGGUUCUUAUUUCAGUUGACCGCUACGUGGCCGUUUGUUACCCUCUUUAUUACCUGACAAGAGUCACUGCAGAAACAGCAAAGGUGUGUGUUCUAAUUUGUUGGAUAUUUGUGUUUUUCUGUCACAGCCUUCUGCUGGAGAACAACCUGCAGACACCAGGCAGGUAUAACUCCUGCUCCGGGGAGUGUGUGCUUGUUGUUAGUUACAUCGGAGGAGUAUUUGAUCUGUUUUUGUCAUUUAUUGGUCCUGUCACUGUCAUCAUAGUUCUGUAUCUGAGAGUGUUUGUUGUGGCUGUGUCUCAGGCUCGUGCCAUGCACGCUCGUGCCAUGCACGCUCGUGUUGCAGCCGUCACUCUUCAGGGCUCAGUGAGGGAAACAGCUAAAUCUGAACUGAAGGCAGCUCUGGUUCUCGGGGUUGUUGUGGUUGUGUUUCUUCUGUGCACAUGUCCAUAUUUCUGUGUAACACUGAGCGUUCAGGACGAUGAGGUCAGCGCUUCGUCUGUGACAUUCCUUCUGUUUUAUUUGAACUCCACUCUGAACCCGCUGAUUUAUGCACUGUUUUACCCCUGGUUCAGGAAAUCUCUUAAACUAAUUCUAACUCUUCAGAUCCUGAAGCCUGGCUCCUGUGACACCAACAUGUCGUGA